CGGAAUUGUAUAUAAAGAUCUGGGUCUCACUGAAUAGCCAAGCAGUCGUCGACUGAUCGUCUCUCCUUCGAAGUGAAUAAUCAGCGAGCGUUCAAGAUGAGAUUUUUAUUAGCAUUCAUGGCAACUCUGCUAAUGGCGGCGUUAAUCAACGCUGAUGGUGGCCACGGGCAUGGCCACGGAGGAGGCGGAUAUGGACAUGGUGGCCACGGAGGAGGCGGAUAUGGACAUGGUGGCCACGGAGGAGGCGGAUAUGGACAUGGUGGCCACGGAGGAGGCGGAUAUGGACAUGGUGGCCACGGAGGAGGCGGAUAUGGACAUGGUGGCCACGGAGGAGGCGGAUAUGGACAUGGUGGCCACGGAGGAGGAGGUCAUGGACAUGGUGGCCACGGAGGAGGAUAUGGACAUGGUGGCCACGGAGGAGGAGGAUAUGGCCAUAGCAAGGGUCAUAAAAUCGAUGGCAGUUAUGGUGGAGGAUACUCGAGCAACCACUUCCAUCUCAGUGGAGGAAAAGGGCACGGCGGGUAUGGUCAUGGUGGACAUGGUGGACAUGGCCAUGGCGGCUAUGGUCAUGGCCAUGGUGGACACGGAGGGCAUGGCCAUGGUGGCUACGGCCAUGGCAGUGGAGGCCAUGGUGGACAUGGCCAUGGUGGCUAUGGCCAUGGUCACGGUGGCCAUGGUGGACAUGGCCAUGGUGGCUAUGGUAAAGGUGGACACGGGCAUGGAGGAGGUUACCACUAAAUGUAAAUCGCCUAUAAAAUCCAUUUUGUACAGAGCUAAAAAAUGUUAGGAGACCGUUUUAAUAAAUAAGUUUCGUGAA